AUGAUUCACAUCUUGUUGCUUGCUUCCCUAUCUGACAAGGUGUUUCCUCUUGUUCUUGGUAAGCGCACUAGCUGUGCCAUUUGGGACACAUUAUCUGCUGCUUUUUCUUCUCCGUCCGAAAGCCGGAUCAUGUCCUUGACCAUGGCCUUACAAGAACUAAAUCAAAAGCCCGAUGAACCUGUAGCAAACUUUCUAAAACGUGCCAAGACCAUUGCCGAAGAGCUCGCUGUAGCAAGUCACAUUGUUCGUCCAAGUGCUUUCAAUCUCCAUAUCUACCGAGGUUUAAAGCCUGAGUUUGGUGCCAUGGUCUCUUCCCUACUCACCCGGACAGAACCAGUUCUUUACGAUGAUCUUCAUGCCAUGUUGCUCAGCCAUGAGUUCCUUCAUGGUUCAACAUUGAACAAGCUUAAUGUCGCUGAUUCUCCUCCAGCAAAUGCUCCUACAGCCAACACAGCCCAACGUUUGGGCUCUGAUUCAGAUUCUACCACUCCCACCUCGCAACGUAGGGGUCGUGGUCGCGGUGGUCGUGGUCGUGGAGGUUCUAAUGGUGGGAUCUCUUCUGGGCGUUUCUGGUGUGCCAUCUGUCGCAAAACAAACCAUUCUACUAAUAGAUGUUAUUUUUGA